UUUUUUUUCUGCUUUGCUUGUUAUUCUUUCCCCCAAGCAGCUGCGGGAGGGCACUUCAGACCCAGUGCGCUGUCUGCGAGCUAACUGUAUGUUAAUCAGUACGUCGGGCCUGAUUAACUACAAGAUGCGAGCAGCCGAAAUGGAGUCCUUCUGUUGCGCGACGGCUAAUAGUAAACAAGGUCCCAUUUGGUGGCAUUUGAUCAAAGUUAGCUUGAGGUUUGGCGUAGUUCAUCACGCGGAAUGUGGGUCUGUUGAGCCAACUUCGAGCUAAGAAGUUGAAUUUGCUGUAAAUAGCCCGAGAGCUUUUUCCAUUAGGAUCCUACAGGACUCGAGCGGAGUGAGCCACUGCAAUAAGAGCCCCGCAUCUACAGGGGCCCUUAACCACCCCCCCCCCCCCCCCCCCCCCAGCCCCCAGCUUCACUGUGUGGCAAUUAGUUUGUGUGAAAUGAUGGAAGACUCUCAUUUUAAUUCAUCGUAUUUCUGGUCUCCCAUCCCCAAUGUACCGGGACAGAUUGAGAAUGCCAUGUUCCUGAACAAAAUGAAAGAGCAACAGGAAAAGAAUGCUUCCUUCUCUUCUUCCCCUGCAUCCCACUACCAAACGGCGCUCCUCACCAUCCCAACCAGUGGGUCAAAGAUAGAUGGAGGAGGGCAGGUUGGCAGUGUGGCGCACCUCCACCCUGCUCACAGCACCCAGAACAUGCUGUCUGUCCCCUCCACGGGCAUCAUGACAGCAGCUGGUCUGGUCAUCACAACUCCUCAAGGAACACUUGUCUCUCCCACCUGCUCUCAAUCGUUUGUCUCUGGUCAUCCAGCAACAACCAUGAUCGUUUCAGCACUCCAUUCUGCAGACCGAAAAGACGGGGAUGUGGCGUCCCAUGUGGUCGUGAUGCCAGCGCCCUCCAAACGCGGCAGAAAGAAGAAGACGGCGUUGUCUAGGGUUGGUGCUGUGGGUGGACUAGGAAAUGAAACGCUAAUACUGGCUCAUCUCACAGCCGGUGGCCAGUUGGCGUCCUUGCAGCAUCAUACUGGAGACCCAUAUGAUCUGUCAAAUGAAGAGGAAGACCACGGCCCGAAAGAUAGCACGAAGACGUACAGGUGCCGGAUGUGUGCGGCGACCUUCCUCAGUAAGUCUGACAUGCAGAUCCACUCCAAGUCGCACACAGAGGCCAAACCUCACAAGUGUCCUCACUGCGCCAAGUCAUUCGCCAACUCCAGCUACCUGGCCCAGCACAUCCGCAUCCACAGCGGGGCCAAGCCUUACACCUGCUCCUACUGCCAGAAAUCUUUCAGGCAGCUCAGUCAUUUACAGCAGCACACACGAAACCACACAGAGUCAAAGCCUCAUAAGUGUCCCCAUUGUACCAAGUCAUUUGCCAACUCCAGCUAUCUGGCCCAACAUGUCCGCAUCCACACCGGAGUGAAACCCUACACCUGCUCCUACUGCCAAAAACACUUCAGACAGCUCAGUCAUCUUCAGCAGCACAAUAGGAUUCACACCGGAGAUCGGCCCUACAAGUGUAUCCAUCCAGGCUGCGAGAAAUCCUUCACGCAACUCUCAAAUUUACAGUCCCACCGGCGUCAACACAACAAGGACAAGCCCUACAAGUGCACCAACUGCAAUAAAGGAUACAUAGAUGCAGCGAGUCUGGAGGUGCACAUGUCCACACAUACUGUCAAGCACGCCAGGAUCUACUCAUGUGGUCUCUGUAACCGCACUUAUACCUCAGAGACAUAUCUGGUGAAACACAUGGAGAAACACAACCCAGACCAGCUGUCUGCAUCAGCAGCACGGGCAGCACAACAGAACCAAAGCCAGCUCCCGGGUCAGAGCCGGCUAGACGGCGCAGAUGGAGGAUCGGGCCGACCUGGGGGUGCCGGAAGCGGAGGCCAGCAGGGACAGAGCCAGGUCAACUACCCCCAGACAGAAUCCAUCUCCUGUCCAUUUGACCUGCACCAGUAUAAGACAGUGUCUGCUAGUGACAUCCAGUACAAACCUGUCAGCGUAGCUGACAUUACUUCCCACAAGGACCUCUGUCUCACUGUGUCAGCAUCCACCAUUCAAGUGGAGCACCUUAACUCUUAGAGGUGACGAAACAAGGAAGUUUGGGGAGUGGGGAAGGUCAAAUUAAUUCAAGAAAUUGAGGAUGGAGAGUCAAAGAAUAAAAGCAAUACUAAGGUGAUACAAGAACUUAGGAACACAUGACUGUGCCUGAACUGUGGUUUGAGGCAGACGGGACACACAAUAUGGUGGCACAGUAUACCGAAGACUAUAAUUUUGUCUUUUUUUUAUUUUAGUUGGUCUCUUUUUUUCUUUCUGCCUUGUUUGAUUUGUUUUCCUUGUACUAAGCUGUCCUGUCUGAAUAGAAAGCGCAUGUAUAGGCUGCAAUAAAGUAUGUUUCAGUCCAUCACAGUGAUGGUUUUAUGAUAAGAAGAGAGUCAAAGUGCUUCUCUUAAUUGUUUUAUCACCUCCUGCUCUUCCCAACAAAUACAGCGUUGGCAAUAGCAGUUUAGGGUCUCUGUUGAUGAAAUUGAUAGUUGACUGAAGGUAAAUUUUUAUACUUUCAUGCAGAGACUUUCAGCUUUUACAGCAGUGUUAUCAGCUCUACUAUGUUGUAAAAUAUAUGCCCACAAUUAAUUCUUUUUAACCUUAAAGGGACAGAGAGGUCAUUUCCUUUUAAGGAAAGAAAAAUGUCAAUCAAGUAUAUAUAGAUAUACUGUAUAUACUACCAGUUUAUAAUGUAUGAUUGUGUGUUUAAAGGAUGUGGUAAUCCAUAUAACCUAUUUAGACCCAUUCACAGGCCUUCACAUGACCUUUGGGGAAGUGAUGAGCCAAUUCACGUUUCAUGUAAUCCUAUUGUACUGAUUUGUGUGUAUGUCCUAAAAGAAAUGUUAUCCAAAUGUGCUCUUGCUAUUAUACUACCACGAUAACAAUGUUUAUAAUACUUCUUUAUAGACAUACUUACACAUCUGAAAUUUGUCUUUUUUUGGCUUAUAAUACAAUAAACCCUCUGAUAUGUUUCUCA